AUGGACUCUCAACGUGCGACACUUAGAAACAAAAGACGGCGUGGCUUCGAGUUCCAGCCGCGGCCAGUUCCUGAUUUUACUCGCAGAGGAACUUAUAGCUCGCUUAAGGAUGGCUUUCCAAAACUCGAAGCGACGACAAGCCUCGAUCGGCCCAGCGGCCGUGAUGACUUCGAAAUCGCCCUAAUUUGUGCGUUACAAAUAGAAUCUGAUGCUGUUGAAGCUCUCUUUGAUGGUUAUUAUGAGGAAGAUUAUUCAUAUGGUAAAGCAGUGGGAGAUCCUAAUGCUUAUACCACGGGGAGGAUGGCUGGACACAAUGUGGUGUUGGCGUUUAUGCCGGGCAUGGGUAAAGUCAACUCCGCCAACGUAGCGGCUGGCUUUCGCAUGAGCUUUCCCAACAUCAAGCUUGGCCUUGUGGUGGGUAUCUGUGGAGGUGUUCCAGGUGGAGAAGAUGGCGAGAAUGAAGUGUUGCUUGGUGAUGUUAUCAUCAGCACCGCACUUAUACAAUAUGACUUUGGUCGGCAAUACGAUAACAGAGUUGUGAGAAGAGAUACCCUACAGGACAACCUUAGCCGGCCAAAUGCACAAAUCCGCUCAUUUAUUACAAAGUAUUCGGGAUUGAAAGGUUGCGAAACUUUGAGAGGAAAGACAUUUUCUUAUCUGGAUGACCUCUGCGCGAAGAAUGGGUUCGAAAAAUCUGCAUAUCCGGGCGCAGAUAAGGAUAUACUAUAUCAUCCUAAAUACCGCCAUAAGCAUCGCAAUGCAGCUGUUUGCAGUGCUUGUUCAAAAUGUCGAAAAUCAUCUGACAAGGUGUGUGGCUCUGCGCUAGAAUUGUCAUGUGCAGAAUUGGGCUGCGAGGAUAGUAUGAUAAUAUCUCGUGCUCGCAUAGAGAAGGCGAAGAGUGCUGCCUCAAGCACAGUUGCAUCCAGAGACGAGGAACUUCGAGAGGCGCGGAAACCUUUUAUCCAUUUUGGCAAGAUGGCAUCUGGAGAUUUAGUUAUAAAAUCUGGACGCCAUCGCGAUAAAAUCGCAGUCCGCGAGAAAGUUAUUGCGUUCGAAAUGGAAGGCGCUGGGGUUUGGGACAGUUUUCCUACCGUUGUCAUCAAGAGCGUGUGUGAUUAUGCGGACAGCCACAAGAACAAGAUGUGGCAGAGAUAUGCUGCUGCAACUGCAGCUGCUUGCUCUAAAGCGUUUCUCGAGGAGUGGAGAAGGGCUUAG